UUAUUUCAGUACAUUAUUGGCGAGAUCAGUUACUUGAUUUUGUUUGUUAAACCUAUUUAUUUUUAUACCAUUAUUAGAUAAUUUCGGGUAGUAGAUUUUCGUUACUUGCCACUCGGUCAAGUUUCGGUUUCAAUCGUAGGGAUUUAUUUUUAAGUUUACGACGAGACGAGUAUUUACGAAUAACUUGUUGGAACCAUUAUCAAACUGGUUUGCUCGUCAGUUCGAUUUAUACGCCCGGUGCGCGAUGUAGUUCUACGCAGGAUCGUAUUGUGUUGGUGUCGAUCAAUUUUCGUAUUUUAAUUUUUAUUUUAAGGGUUGGUGACAUGGUGACUAUGGAUCUUUUUACGCGUUUGGCUGUGUUUUGUUUGCUGUGGUCGAAUGCUUUGUGUGAUAUUACUUCCGAUUGGGGGACUUUGAACAUAUGCGUUACUCGGAAUCCUAGCGGUAAAGAUAAUUUACAAAAGCAAUGCAAUGGUUUGGAAAAGAACACUAAUCAGAAAAUCAAAUGCGUUUUCGCUGUCGAUAGAUUAAGAUGUUUAGAAUUACUGAUGGCGGGUAAAGCUGAUUUCGGAGUAUUUAAAGCUGAAGAUUUGCUGAUAAGCGCGACUCAAAAUAAAAAAGACAUUAAUGAGUUGGUCGUUAUCAAUGAAUUUCGAUUUUUACGCGAUCAACCGUACGAAUUUGAAAUGGUCGUCGUGGUUUCCAACGAUGUAGAAAUCAACUCGUUGGCAGAUUUACAAGGCAAACGUUUGUGCCAUCCUGGUUUUGACGAAAAUGGUUGGAUGAAUAAUGACUGGUCCGAAAUGUUUUCGCAGAUUUUUGAAGAUUCCGUUGUGCAUGAAGAAUGCAAUCCGAAUUUGAGCAUUUUUGAAAAUCGAAUCAAAUCGUUGAGUGAAUUUUUUGGACCUUCUUGUAAACCUGGUCCAUGGUCUCCUGAUCCAGCCAUUGAUUUUAAAUUGAAAUUAAAGUACCGAGACCUGUGUAAAAGAUGCAACAGUCCGAGUGUAUGUUCUCAGAAAGAUUUAUACUGGGGUAGAACAGGACCAGCGUUGUGUUUAACCGAUUGUCACGGAGAUGUAGCUUGGUUACGGUUGGCAGAUUUUAGAUCAUCGUUUAAGGCUCAAGAAGGACUUUACUGCCAUAACGUUAGCUUUCUAUGCCCUGAUGGGACGAAACAGGCUAUAGAUGAUCCUAACCCUUGUGCAUGGAUUUCUCAUCCAUGGCCAUCGAUUGUUAGCCGAAAAGUGACUGCGGCUGACGUAGGCAAGUUGAUAAGUUGGGUAAACGAUAGCGAUCAGAUUUACAAUGUUAAAACUUGGCAGUAUUUGUUGCGAGUUUUAUUCAAUAUGACGUUCCAGCCUUUGAAAGUUAUUUCACCGAUAGAAGUAUUAGAAUAUUUACAACAAAUUCCAGGAUUUUAUCAAUCUGUAAAAAUUCCAAAAUGCAAAGGAAGCGGCGAUGAUAGAACAAUAACUAUUUGCGUACCGAAUAAUGCUACCUUUCAUAAAUGCGCUGUAUUAGCUAACGUCGCUCAAGUUUACUCGAUUGAUCCAGGUUUUCAGUGCAUUGUAUCGAAUGACUGCUUGAACUCUGUUAGCAGCGGUGCCGCAGAUGUUACGAUCAUCAGCGUAGAAAACCUCAAACAAGCAUACGAGAAACAGAGUCUGAAAACUAUUUUAUAUCAGACUCAUUACGAUUAUGGUAAUUUACGUCAUGCUGCCGCCGUCGUAAAGAGUAGUUCAAAAAUGCAGAGUUUACAAGAUUUGAAAGGCAAACGAGCUUGUUUUACUGAAGAAAACGGUUUCGGUUGGAACUCUGUACUGAUGACUUUAAAAGAGAAAUCUUUAAUAGAAGACGAUUGCAACGGUGAAGCAUCGAUUAGAAAUUUCUUUUCCAAUGUUUGUAUCAUUUAUUCUAAACCAGAAGAUGCGUUUCCUACUUGUUUUCCCGACGAUGAAGUUAAACCUUCUGGAGGAUCGGAAGUAUUAGAAUCGUUAGGCGUACGAUGUAUCGCUGAAGGUGGAGGUGAUGUUGCAUUCAUAGAUUAUAACAACCUUGGAAAAUAUUUGCAAAAUAAUACCGAUUUAGGUGCAACGACUGAUCAAUUUAUGCCUAUUUGUCCUUAUGAAAAUGUUUCUGCUUACGAAUGUUACUUGAGUUGGGGAUCAUUUGGUCAAGUUAUUAGUCGUAAAAACCUAUCGAAAGAAAGAGAAGAAGAAAUUAUAUCGGCGUUCACUCUACUGAACUCGAUAUUUGGCGACGAUGAUCCGAGUACGAGAUCUUCCCCCGUUUUCAGAUUAUUUUCUCACGAUCCUAAUGAGAAAAACAUGCUCUUUCAGAGUGCAGCCACACGACUAGAAAGAUCUGAAAAAUUCACAAAACGAGGAGCAUUUAGAUGGAAUAACAGCUAUGAAAUCAAAUUGAAAAAUACAGUCAGUAGAUGUUUAAGUAAAAAUGUCGUAAACAAAUCUGUGAUCUCAUUUCCUGUGAUAGAAAUUUAUGUGUUUCAAUUCGUAUUUAUGUUUUAUUUUUCUAAGAAUUUUAUACGUUUAUAAAUUUUGAAAAUAUUUCAUAACCGUGCUUCUAUUUUUCGAAGUUACCAGUUUCUGUGAAACGAUGAAAUGAAAAGGAAUGUUGAAAAUUCUGGACAAUAAUUUGGGCUUCAUUUUUUUGAAUGUAGACUUUUUCAUUAGGAUUCAAAACUUAUAAUGUUUAAUUUGUGAUUAUCAAUAAAAUAAUGCGAAUAAUAGUCAAUAAAGUUAAUUUUUUGAUCAAGUAUUAAUUUUUCUAGCUUAUUUAAUUUUUAUCUAUCAUUUUUUUUAUAAUUCUUUUUUGAAUUUUGUGAUGUCUAUGUUUUAUUAAUUUAUUAAAAUAUUUUUAUAUGACUG